GGGACGCGGCGGGGCGGCGCGCAGAGCCCGCGGGCAGCGACGAGCCGCGGAACGGAUCAUCCGGGAGCAAAGCAGGGCACGUCUGGGCCCCUGAAGGAUCAACAGCUUUCAAGUGUCUCAUCUCGGCCAGGUUCUGUGCAGCUCUGCUGAGCAACAUCUCGGAUUGUGACGAGACAUUUAACUACUGGGAGCCGACACACUACCUCAUUUAUGGGAAGGGGUUUCAGACAUGGGAGUACUCUCCAGCCUACGCCAUCCGCUCCUACGCUUACCUCUGGCUCCAUGCCUUGCCAGCCUGGUUCCAUGCCAGGGUUCUGCAAACCAACAAGGUUCUCAUCUUCUAUUUCCUGCGAUGCUUCCUGGCCUUCCUGAGCUGCGUUUGUGAACUCUACUUCUACAAGGCUGUGUGCAAGAAGUUUGGGCUGCACGUGAGCAGGCUGAUGCUGGCCUUCCUAGUGCUGAGCACGGGGAUGUUCUGUGCUUCUGCAGCUUUCCUCCCCAGCAGUUUCUGCAUGUACACCACGGUGGUUGCCAUGACGGGCUGGUACAUGGACAGGACCUCGCUGGCGGUGCUGGGGGUGGCUGCUGGAGCCCUGCUGGGCUGGCCCUUCAGCGCAGCCCUGGGGCUUCCUAUUGCCUUUGACUUGUUGAUCCUGAAGAAGAGGUGGAAAAGUUUCCUGAACUGGUGUGUGGUGUCCUUGAUCCUGUUUCUGGUGCCCUUGGUGGUGGUGGACAGCUAUUACUACGGGAAGCUGGUGGUGGCACCUCUCAACAUCGUUUUGUACAAUGUCUUUACUCCCCACGGCCCUGAUCUCUACGGUACAGAACCCUGGUACUUCUAUUUCAUCAAUGGCUUUCUGAAUUUCAAUGUGGUUUUUGUGCUGGCCCUGCUCGUGCUGCCUCUGACCUGUCUGAUGGAGUGUCUGCUGCAGAAAUUCCGUGUCCAGAAUCUGGGCCGUCCCUACUGGCUGACCCUGGCUCCCAUGUACAUCUGGAUCCUGAUUUUCUUCAGCCAGCCCCACAAAGAGGAGAGAUUUCUCUUCCCCAUCUAUCCCCUCAUCUGUCUCUCUGGUGCUGUGGCCCUCUCUGCCCUUCAGAAAUGUUACCACUUCAUCUUCCAGCGCUACCGCCUGGAACACUACACAGUGUCCUCCAACUGGCUGGCCCUGGGGACUGUCUUCCUCUUUGGCCUCUUGUCACUGUCACGCUCCGUUGCCUUGUUCAAAGGCUACCACGGGCCCCUGGACCUGUACCCGGAAUUCCACAGGAUCGCCACUGACCCCGGCAUCCACACGGUGCCAGAGGGGAGACCAGUCAAUGUCUGUGUGGGGAAGGAGUGGCACAGGUUCCCCAGCAGCUUCCUGCUGCCGGACAACUGGCAGCUCCAGUUCAUCCUGUCGGAAUUCCGGGGCCAGCUGCCCAAACCCUUUGCCAAGGGGCCCAUGGCCACCAGGGUCAUUCCCACGGACAUGAACGACCAGAACAAGGAGGAGCCGUCUCGAUAUAUUGACAUCUCCAAAUGCCACUACCUGGUGGACCUGGACACAGCGGCAGAGACCCCCAGGGAGCCAAGGUACUCCUCCAACAAGGAAGAGUGGGUCACCGUUGCCUACAAGCCAUUCCUUGAUGCUUCCAGGUCCUCGCGGCUGCUGCGGGCGUUCUACGUCCCGCUGCUGUCGGAGCGGCACACGCGCUACGCCAACUACACCAUCCUGAAAUCCCGCAGGAGGCAAGCCAGGAGAAAAAUGGGAGGCUAGGAACACGCCGAGGCCAGCAAAAAAACCCACCCCGAAACACCCAAAAGCAUCUGCUGGCGCUCUUGGACAGCUCCCUGUGUGAAGGAUGGCGCUGGGAGCAUUCCCGGAGGAGCUCUGGCAGGCUCUGCUCUGCCUCAAGCCGCUGGAAAAUCCAGCGGCCACCCAUGGAUGCGUUAUCCCCGCUGCUCCCCGUGUUCUGUCUUACACCAGAGGGGAGAGAAAUGGAAAAUAAAACGGGCGAACAGGCGACCUUCUGCUCCAGGCUGCAAACCUGGGAAGAUCCGGCUCAAAUUCUCUCUGUCUCUGCCCCAUCCACCCCUCCACUGUCCUCACCUGCUCGAGCAGUGCUGUCUUUCACCCAGGGGAUUUUUUUUUCAGGUAACAGAGCUUAGCAAUUUUCCUUUUCUAAGGGGAAAAGGAGGAAAAACACCUGACUGAUGCACUGAAUCUCAAGGAAAGAAACACCGUGCACCGCAGAGGAACGGCCAAAGCUGCUCUGUCCAGGAGACAUUUCCAGGGAUAAACCUGUGCUUUUGGGAGGAAAAACAAACCAAACUGAGACAAUUAUGUGUUUAAUGGGAUCAAAGUGUUUGUGCUAUCUGUGAAGCCAAGUGUUCGUUUGCUAUUUAUAAUGAUUUUUUUCGA